AUGCUCUUGUGUGGAAUCAUCGACGAGCUCACGAAGUCCGCUCCUGAAACGCACGCUGUCUCCUUCUUUUUCUGUCAGGCCACCGACGUGCGGAUCAACCACGCGACUUCGGUCCUUCGAGGCCUUAUAUCUAUGAUGGUCGACCAGCAGCCAAUCCUCAUCUCCCAUGUACGGAAACAGUAUGACAAGGCUGGGAAGCAGGUCUUUGAGGAUGUCAAUGCGUGGGAAGCUUUGUCGGAAAUCCUCGCUAGUAUCCUCGAGGACCCACUAUUACGGACAACGUAUUUAAUCAUCGACGCUCUCGACGAAUGCACUAUGGGUUUAUAUCGACUUCUUGAAUUUGUCGCCCAGAAAUCAUCGGCAUACCCACAUAUCAAAUGGAUUGUCUCGAGCCGCAAUUGGCCAACUAUCGAAGAGACACUUGAUACGCUUUCACAGAAGACAAAGCUAUGUUUGGAAUUGAACGAGACAUCCGUCGCUAAGGCUGUCGCUAUCUUCAUUAAUUACAAGGUUCAGAAGUUGGCUGAAAAGAAGAAAUAUAACAAUGAAAAUCGUGAUGCUGUGUUCCAACAUUUGUCGUCCAACGCACAUGGUACCUUCCUCUGGGUGGCCUUGGUUUGCAAGGAGCUUACUCAUGUCUCGAAGAGACACGUUCGAAAGAAACUACAAGAUUUCCCUUCUGGUCUUGACGAGCUUUACAAGCGAAUGUUGAACCAAAUCCGCGGACUGGAUGAUGCUGAACUCUGCAAGUCUCUUCUUGGAGUCAUGACGACCGUUUACCGCCCUAUCACGUUUGACGAAUUAAUGUCUUGUAUCGAUUUACCGGAAGACAUUGCACACGAUUAUGCAGAAGCCUAUGAGUCUCUAGAAGAGAUCAUAGGGCUUUGUGGCUCUUUCCUAACAAUCCGAGGACGCACGAUCUCUCUAGUUCACCAGUCAGCCAAGGACUUUCUCCUUCAAGAAGCAGAGAUUUUUCCCGGCGGAGAAGACAUUGUACACUAUUCUAUUUUUUCAAGGUCUUUACGCGCUAUGGCGCGGACACUACGACGCGACAUCUAUAGCCUCGUCCACCCAGGCUGUCCAAUCGAGCAGGUCAACCAGCCAGAUCCAGAUCCACUAGCCGCAAUAGAUUACGCGUGUAUUUACUGGGUUGAUCACCUUUGUAGAUGCUCUCCAAACAAGAAUGCGAUAGGAGACCUACAGGACAGUGGCCCAGUUGGCAUUUUCUUCCGCAAUCACUACCUUCAUUGGCUCGAGGCUCUUAGCCUGUCACGGAACUUAUCAGGGGGAGUAGCUUCGAUACUAAAGCUCGAAAAUUUGCUCCAGGUCUGUUUCUACUCGUAUAGUUCAAAGCACGACUCUGAUAAUAUUCCCUUAGAUGACACAGAUGAAUUCACAACUUAUUGA